AUGUUUGUUUUGGCUUCUAAGUUGCGGACUCUUAAACAAUGGAUUCGGGUUUGGAAUAAAGCUGAGUUUGGGGAUGUGAACAUAAUGGUGGAAAAGUCAUUUGAUGAUUUGCAUAUAAUUCAACGGGAAAUUGCUAGCUUGGGUCCUUCUGAUGACUUGCUUUCCAAGGAGAGUGUUGUCAGUGCUCAAGUUCAUGAGGCUCUUUUGCUUCAAGAGAAAUUUUUAUGGGAUAAAUCAAGGAUAAAAUGGCUUACUGAAGGUGACCGAAAAUCUUCUGUCUUCCAUGCAAUGGUUAAAGUCCGGCAUCUUAAACAGUCAUUAUCAACUAUGAGAGAUAGAAACAGUAUUAUUGAUGACCCAAAAGAGAUUAAUGAUCAUGUGGUAAAUUAUUUCAAUGGCCUUUUCACAUCAGAUUCUUUUAUAAGAGACACUGGUCUAGUUUCUCAGGUAAUUCAUAAUCUCGUGACUACUGAGGAUAAUGCUAUAUUAACAGCUAUUUCCACAUCUGAGGAAAUAUUUCAGACUAUGUGUUCCAUGGAUCAUAAUAGUUCUCCUAGUCCAGAUGAUUUUGGUGGAAUUUUUUUUAUGAAAUUCCCUAGAGCAGACACCGUAACGCAGCUGCGUCCUAUUGCUAUGGCGAAUUUUAUUUUCAAGCUUAUCACAAAGAUUUUAGCUGACCGUUUGGGAAGUAUUGCUACUUGGAUUAUUUCACCCAACCAAAGUGCUUUUCUUAGUGGCCGCACUAUUGCAGACCUCAUUAACCUCCUGGAUCGUAAUUGUAAGGGUGGUAACAUUGCAAUUAAGUUUGAUGUGCAAAAGACAUUUGACACGCUUGAUUGA